GCCUGAGGCGCUGGGCGGAACGCUAACGGAGUUGGAGCAGGGUGGACCCCAGUUGCGGCUCCUGGCUCCCAGCAGGUGUUUUCGCACCGGUAGCCAGGUGCAUCCUCGGGUGGGAGGAGACCAAUCCCCUGCGAAUUUUCCAGCACCCCUCCAGCCGUGCCCAAGCCGGCAGAGAAACCUCCCGGCAGUAAGGGUAAAAAGAGGGCAGGGCUUGCUGCAGGGGAGGAGCGGGCCCAGAGUGACGACUUGCCCGGGUUGCUCCGGUUUCUCACUCCCCAGGAGUGCCAGACGUGCAGCCCUGCCAGAAGAAACAGAUGGACGCCCCGCUGCAAACCGAAAUGGUGCUGGGCAUGAUGAUCGGCGCUGGAGUCGCGGUUCUGGUCACGGCCGUGCUCAUCCUGCUGCUGGUGCGGAGGCUUCGAGUGCCGAAAACCCCAGCCCCGGAGGGCCCCCGUUACCGAUUCCGGAAGAGAGACAAAGUGCUUUUCUAUGGCCGGAAGAUUAUGCGGAAGGUGUCACAAUCCACUUCUUCCUUAGUGGACGCCUCCGUCUCCACCACUUCCCGCCCGCGCAUGAAGAAGAAACUUAAGAUGCUCAACAUUGCCAAGAAGAUCCUGCGCAUCCAGAAAGAGGCGCCCACGCUGCAGCGGAAGGAACCCCCGCCUGCUGUGCUGGAGGCUGACCUGACCGAGGGUGACCUGGCCAACUCCCACCUGCCCUCCGAGGUGCUCUACAUGCUCAAGAACGUCCGGGUGCUGGGCCACUUUGAGAAGCCACUCUUCCUGGAGCUGUGCCGCCACAUGGUCUUCCAGCGGCUCAGCCAGGGCGACUACGUCUUCCGGCCUGGCCAGCCGGACGCGAGCAUCUACGUGGUACAGGACGGGCUCCUGGAGCUGUGUCUGCCGGGGCCUGACGGGAAGGAGUGUGUGGUGAAGGAAGUGGUUCCUGGGGACAGUGUCAACAGCCUCCUGAGCAUACUGGAUGUCAUCACUGGCCACCAGCAUCCCCAGCGUACUGUGUCCGCCCGGGCAGCCCGAGACUCCACGGUGCUGCGGCUGCCGGUCGAGGCUUUCUCAGCCGUGUUUACCAAGUACCCGGAGAGCCUGGUGCGAGUGGUGCAGAUCAUCAUGGUGAGGCUGCAGCGGGUCACGUUCCUGGCACUUCACAACUACCUGGGCCUGACCAAUGAGCUCUUCAGCCAUGAGAUCCAGCCGCUGCGCCUCUUCCCUAGCCCGGGCCUCCCACCCCGCACCAGCCCGGUGCGUGGCUCCAAGCGGAUGGUCAGUGCCGCGGCCUCAGAGGAGCUGAGGGAGACCCCUGGCCGGCCGUCUGACCCCACUGGGGCCCCACUGCCCGGGACUGGAGUUACCCAAGGGGACCCAGUGAAGCCCACAUCCCUGGAAACCUCCUCAGCCCCCUUGCUGAGUCGCUGCAUCUCCAUGCCAGUGGAUAUCUCAGGCUUGCAGGGUGGCCCCCGCUCGGACUUCGACAUGGCAUAUGAACGGGGCCGGAUCUCUGUGUCCCUGCAAGAAGAGGCUUCAGGGGGGUUCCAGGCAGCCUCAGCUCGGACUCCCAGUCAGGAGCUCCGGGAGCAGCCAGCAGGCGCCUGUGAGUACAGCUACUGUGAGGACGAGUUGGCCCCCGGCAGCUGCCCCUUUGGGCCCUACCAGGGCCGCCAGACAAGCAGCAUCUUUGAGGCAGCAAAGCAGGAGCUGGCCAAGCUGAUGCAGAUUGAGGAUCCCACCCUUCUGAAUAGUCGAGUUCUGCUACAUCAUGCCAAAGCUGGCACCAUCAUUGCCCGCCAGGGGGACCAGGUGAGUCUGACCCUUGACCUCUGACCCUGCAGCUCUGAC